GGAGGCGGAAGCGGAAACGGAAGUGCUGGCGGGCCGGACUGCAGCAGCGACGGCGAUCCCAAGAAGACCUUCUCGCUGCACUGCUGUUGCGUGAUCGUCGACAUCACACCAGUGGCGCAUCCAGGAGGACGCCUGACAUCGGCAACAACGGCCUCGGGAAGGGAUGCGGGUGGAGCCGCCGCUGGCGGAGGUGGUGGUUCCGGUGGUGGCGGUGGCUUGGGCCUCGGCCUCGGCGAGAAUGUCUCCCAGUUGGCCAGUCAACUAUUUCGCUUUGGCAGCAAAAAGCGUCCAGGCGUUUGCAUAUGCAAUGCCCAGUGCCGGCUGCAAUCGCUGGGCGAGACCCAAGGCAGCCUGGGAGCCACCACGCUUAAGACCCAUCAUGGCAGCCUGGACAGAUUGUUGCAAAAGGGAGACGGAACUGGGACAGCAACCAGUGGCGAGCGCUCGAUAAGCUGGGUGGUGGAUGGUGGGGCGGCGGGUUCUGGUGCCCUGCUCAAUGCCUCCUCCGACGAAAGUGAUGACAAGAAGAAGAAACUGGACGAGGGCAACCAGUUGCCGCCACCGCCACGCCCACCCUCGCGGUCACAUGCCAAGCCCACGGCCAAGGAGGAAUUCGAUCGGGGUGUCGAGGUGGAGAAGUUCUAUCACCAGAUCAACGGUGACAUCUUUGAAAUCACUCGCCGGGUGAGAGCUCGCGAUGAGGAGACCAUGGAACAGAAGUGCAUCAGGCGGAAGGGAUCGGUGAGGGUAACGGAACCCACGGGUCACGCCCACGUGCGGAUUGAGCAGAGACCUCAGUUGCCACCGAGACGGCAGAAAAGUGCCGAGGAAGUGGCCACCAUGCCAAAGAGUGCUCUGCGCCAACCGCCCGAGCAACUGGAGUGGUUCGAUCGCCGGGCUCAACAGCGCCACUCCGCCCGAUCCGCUGAAGGUGGCCAGGUGCGGGAGGAGACCAUGGAGUGGCUCAAGCUCCAGAAAACUGCCAGUCCCAUCCAGCCGGUGCGCACCUCCUCGGGACCCAGUGAGAUCACAGUCCUGAAGGACGAACUGCCCGACUGGCUGCUGGAUCAUCUGCCGCGCAAGAAGGAGCGGGAACGCGAUCGAUUGCCUUCGGAUGCGGACAAGGCUGUGGGUUCUGCGUAUGCCAAGGCCUUGGCGGAUCUUCUUAAGAAACCGCUGUCCCGACAAAGUUCCGGACCCUGUGAGUUCUCGCUGCUGAAAACUGAUAUUGUGGAGUGGCUCACCAAGAUGCAGAGCAGCAGUGGAACGGAGAGGGGCAAGUCCCGUCGGUCGCAUCAUCGCCGGAAUGGCAGUGGUGGCGACGCCCAGCCCCGUUCCAAUUCCCAGGAAGAUGCCCAAGAUCAGUCGAAGACCAGCCAUCGGAAGAGGCACUCCCUGGGACACAGUGGAGCAGUCAGCGAAGAGGAACAGCAACAGCUCACUGCCGAUUGGAUAGCCUAUCCUCUCCACAAGCUGCAAUCCCUCGGAAAGCAACCUCCUCCAGCUCAACCACCGGAGAGAAUGAGCAUUCCCAGUGGCUAUGCGGUGCCCAGUGCCCUUUCACACACUCCCCUAUGCCAGCGGAGGGAGGAGCGUUCCCGGGAGAGAAGACUGCGGCAUUCAGCCAGCGAAGUGGUGGGGAGUGGUGGGGCAGGAGCGGCAUCCACAUCAAACACCGCCCAUCUGGAACGGCUGUAUGCCAAGCCGCACAAGGAACGCUAUCAAUACGUACCGAAAACCAAAGAGUCAAGUGGUCGUAAGGAGCGUUCCCGGCGCCAUCAGACCCAACGGUCCGCCACGGUCUCUGACAUGUCCGCCCAGCGUUCCGGUGGCCAUAAGCGCAAGUCCUCGAGUGCGGAGAGGGCUCCUCGUUCACCAUCCCCGGGACCCUGUACGGAUCCCGAUUGUCCACUACUGCCCAUCUGUACGGAUCCGCAUUGCCGGUACCAGGAGUGCCAGGCGAGGCAGUGCAUUACGUCGUCGGUGAGCUCGGUAAAUCUGGCCAGGCAUCAGCAACUGGCGCAGGUGCAACUGCAUGCAGUGCCGGCUCAUCUGGUUGGAGCCAUGGGCUCCGAUGUGCCGACGACACCAUCCACAACGGCCACACCUCCGCCGCCAACAGGAGGUGGAACUAUAGGAGUGGGAGCAACCGGAGCAGGAGCUGGAGCGACGAGCGAACGCCGCCUGGUCAUCUGCCACGAUUGUCGAUCCUGUGCCCCGCUGCUCAGCUGCCGGAAUCGCAAAUGCCUCAAUGCCGCCAAGUGCAACUCACUGCCUCGCUGUGCCGCCGACUUCAAUCGCCUGCGCACCCAGCUGGCCCAGCCGCCCACCACAUUGGAUGACAUUGAACCGGCGCCACUGGACGACCUGGAGAUGCAGCCACUGCCCUCGCCACCGCAUCCACAUUCGCACCAUCACUACCGCAGCAAUUCACAGCCAAACACCCUCCAGAGAGGAGACUCCGCCAGUUCCGCAGGAAUGGGUGCUGGAGUCGGAGGGGCAGGACAUGGUGGCUUAGGAGGACCGGGAUCGGGACUCGCUUGGCUGGAGCCCACAACCACGCUAGUGCAACCACUGCCCGCCUAUGUGCACCACUCGAAUGGCAAGCUGAUGAAGUCCGCCUCGGCUGCCUCGCUGAAUUCCCGUCGACGGCGUCACAAAACCGUGCACUUCGGCGAGAAUCUUCUGCGGGAGGUGUGCCAAAACAGGAAGCUCAUCAAGACGGAGGCCCAAGUGCCCUCCGGUUCGGCGCCCAUGAAGGCCAACAUCCAGAUGCUGUAUAACUUCGUGGAGGGCGUGUUGAGCGCCUGGGUGGACGACGACGAGGAUCAGGUGCGCUCUGGUGCGGAAUCGGAACCAGAGCACGGUGUGGUGCCCAUGCAACCGAUCCACAGAUGCAACCGCCUGCGAUACCAGUGCAUUCGGCGCGUUGUCGAGGAGGCUGCCGACCUCCAGGGCACACUGAAACUGGGCAACUCCCGCUAUCGCCAUCGCCAUUGGCGCAGCACCGCCAAGCAGUGCAACGAAAUGUUCCUUCGCAAGAUUUCGGACGAUGAUCGAAUGAGCCUAACUACCGCCGUUUCGGAUGAAGAUGAUGGGGAAAGUGUCAUGGCGUCACCAUAUAAAGCAAAGGCAACUGGCACCGCUGCAUCCUCCUUCAAUUGCACGGGAGCUGUUCGCAAAGCCGGCUUCCUAUCGGUAAAGAAAUGGUUACUACGCAAGAAGCACCAGAUCGAGCUGGCAAGAAAGCGGGGCUGGAAGGGCUACUGGGUGUGCCUGAAGGGCACCACGCUGCUCUUCUAUCCGUGCGAUUCCCGGGAGGGCCGGAGUGUGGAGGCGGCGCCCAAGCACUUGAUUAUCGUGGAUGGUGCAAUUAUGCAACCGAUACCGGAGCAUCCCAAGCGCGACUACAUCUUCUGUCUGAGCACGGCGUUCGGCGAUGCCUAUCUCUUCCAGGCGCCCUGUCAGGUUGAGCUGGAGAACUGGGUGAACAGCAUACACAGCGCCUGUGCCGCCGCCUUUGCCAGGCAUCGCGGAAAAACUGGAACGCUACACCUGCUCCAGGAGGAGAUCUUCCGGCUGGAGAAGGCCAUUGAGUCGGAUCACAAGCUAAAGCACAUGGCCGAACUGCAGCAAUCAGUUGUCACCGAUCAGGAGACGCGUCAUCAGAUCCAGACGCAGAUACUGCAGUGGGAGGAGAAUCUGGAGCGGCUCCACUGCGAGCAGUUCCGGCUGCGCUGCUACAUGGCCUCUCUGCAAAGUGGCGAGCUGCCCAAUCCGAAGUCGCUGCUGACACACGUGUCGCGCCCCACGAAGAACACGCUGAACAAGCUGGGCGUGUUCACGGUCUCCUCCUUCCACGCCUUCAUCUGCGCCCGCUCGCCCUCGCUGCUCAACAACCUGCUCGCCGGACGCGGGGCCACCAAGCGGCGACCGCCGAUGCUGUCGCGGUCCAACAGCGGCUCCAGCCGACGCUCCAUGCAGAUGAAUUCACGUGACGAACCGGAAAAAACUUUCAAAGUUGCAAUGCCCGACAAUGCUUACUCGACAGUUUAUCUACGUGAUGCCAUGUCUGUGGAGGAAUUCCUCGCCAGCGCCUGCGCCCGUCGCAACCUCAAUCCCAUGGAGCACUUUGUGCGCGUCAAGAAGCGUCGUGACAUGGAGGAUCACAAUUACUUUGUGCCGCAUCGCAACGAUCUGAUUGAAAAUUAUCUACAUAAUCACGAGUUCGUGGAGGUCUGCAUGAAGAUCCUGUACCAGGUUGAGCUGCAGCGCACGACUCUGGAGCAGAUGUGGGGCUUCUCUGUGGAGGCUGAGCUGAUCGAGAAUGCGGAACGGCAGGACGAGCUGUGCUGCUACGUGAGUCGCGUGGAGGACAAGAGUGUGGCCAUGCACAAUGGCAUUAUCAAAGGAGACGAAAUAAUGGUCAUCAAUGGCGCAAUUGUGUCCGAUCUAGAUAUGAUGUACUUGGAGAGCGUCCUGCAGGAGGAACAAUCGCUCAGCAUGAUGAUGCGGUCCUCGCGCACGGAGCCACCAGAUCUAGUGGGGAUCAUGAGGGUAACGGACGAUAUGAUUGACUCGCUGGUCUGUCCGCCGCCGCCCACAGAUCCGCCGGUGAUGAGCGAGGAGAUGAUAACUGGACUGAUUGUUCCGGCCCCCGGUUGGAAUGGCACUAGCAAGGAUUUGUACUCGCCGGAGGCGGAAAGCUCGCCGGCCACCUCCUUUGUGGAUCCUGCCGCAAUGGCCGCCCAGCUGGCGGUGGGCGGCGUGGGAGGCGUGGUCGUGGGCGGACUGGGCGUGGCCAAGCCAACGUCGCGUACGAGCAGCUUUGAGAUUGAGAAUCUGCUAAAGACCGCGGAGCAAGUUACCGGAUUUUGUCGUUCACCCCAGGAAACGCGGAAAUCGAGCCCAACCGGCUCGGUCACCUCAUCGGUGUCGACCACGGCAUUAACACCAUCACGCCAGCUGACCGAUGCGGAGAAACUGCGCAAAGUCGUCAUGGAGCUGGUGGACACGGAACGCACCUAUGUGAAGCACCUGAACAACCUGCUGGAGCACUAUCUGGAGCCCAUGAAACGCGAGACAUUCCUGUCCAAUGCCGAGAUCAACGCUCUGUUCGGCAACAUACACGAGAUCGUCACAUUCCAGCGCCAGUUCCUGCAGAAUCUCGAGGAGUCCUUGGACCUGGAGCCGGAUUUCAACAAGUUCGAGCUCUGCGGCCAGUUCAGAAAUGUGCUCUUCGCGAUUGGCUCGGCCUUCCUGUACUACGUCAACCACUUCAAGCUCUACUCCUCGUUCUGUGCCAGUCACAGUAAGGCGCAGAAAGUCCUGCAUCCGAACGAGGGCAAUCACGCCCUGCAGGAGUUCCUCGCAGCCAGGAAUCCCAAGCAGCAGCAUAGCAGCACCCUGGAAUCCUAUCUGAUCAAGCCCAUUCAGCGCAUCCUCAAGUAUCCACUGCUCCUGCAGCAGAUGCGCAACCUCACCGACACCCGGGCCGAUGAGCAUGUGCAUCUUUGUGAGGCACUCAAGGGCAUGGAAAAGGUCGCCGAGCACAUCAACGAGAUGCAGCGCAUCCAUGAGGAGUACGGUGCCAUAUUCGAUCACCUGUUCCGGCAGCACCAGAAGUCAUGCAAACAACCCAUUGAUCUAAGUCCAGGAGAUCUUCUGUAUUAUGGCGGAGUGGAAUGGCUUAACAUCUCGGACUUUCUGGGCAAGAUCAAGAAGGGACUGGAACUGCACGCCAUGUGCUUUGUGUUCAAGUCGGCAGUGGUGUUCCUGUGCAAGGAGCGACUGCGUCAAAAGAAGAAGUUGAUGGGCGUUUCCAGCAAGAAUGCCACCAAUGAGGUCGAGAUCAUUCGCUACCAGGUGCUCAUACCCGUAACCGAGGUGCAAGUCCGCGCCAGCUCGGCCAAGGACAUGGACUCCCACUUCCUGUGGGAGCUCAUCCAUCUGCGUUCCCAAUUGCAACGCCGCUCCGAGAAGGUCUACGUGCUGUCGAACAGCACUGCCGACUUCCGCAACGCCUUCCUGAAGACCAUUCGCCAGAUCAUCCGCGAGAGCGUCCGGAACAUGUCAAUUCCGAUGAAGAACUUUGGCGGCAGCUCCGGCUCCGUCUGCGGCCAUUCCUCGCAGGGCAUGGGCAGCAUGGGCUAUGCGGGCAACUCUCAGACGCUGGAACGUCCCAAGCAGCAGAUCACCAUCGUUCAUGGCUCGCACACUCUGGGCAAACCGAAGAAGAAGUCCGGUUCGCAGCGCCACUCGGCUGGCAACAUUGACUACGACAAUUUGUCGGGCAGCCAGGAGGCAGACGACCUGCCACCCAGUGUGGGCGUGGUCCACUACGCCUCCGGCCACGCCCACGGCCAGCAGAUGCAGCCAGCUGGAUUCCGUGGUCGCAGCAAGACGGUGGGCGAUGUUACAGAAAUCACCUGCUCUUCCCCAGAACCCCAUCAGCAGCAGCAGCAGCAACAACAGCAACAGCUGAUGCAGCAGGGACACGCCCAUGCCCACCCACAUCCCCAUCCGCAUCCAAGGGAGCCACCGCCGCCUCCGAUCAGGCAGCCACAUCUGCACCACCACAGCUCGGACAUCGAAAGGAUCGAUCCUGGAACGAAAUCGGAGGGCGAGGAGGACUCGCAGCAGGGCACAAUCAGGCCCAAGGCCACACUGGGUCGAACGCCCAAUCACCUGACGCUGAGCACCACAUCGACGCUCUCGGUGGGCAGCACCGGCAGCCAGGCGCGCCUCAUUCAAUCGUCGCAUCCGCCGGCCAGUUACCAGCCGGUGCUGAUGAAGGACCUAGGUAAGCCCAGCCCGGAUGAAUCGGAGCUCGAGUCGGAGUCGGAGGUGCAUGCCGCCCAGGUGGCGGCCUCCUUUAACUUAAGUCUAGGUAGUAGUGGUAGCUUAUUCGCCUCUGAUGCCAGAGAUAAUCAGACACAGUCCCGCACCCAAUCCCAAACCCACUCCCUGCAUCCCUCACCUCGUCAGUCGCCGCGUCAAUCGCCGCGACAGUCCCCCAAGCAGGAUAUCGAGGUGAUUGAGAUCUUCGAGAGCGAGGCGGAACGACUGGCCGCUUCCCAGCAGGUGGCCGUCGUCCACCAGCACCCGGCGGACCAGGCCAGGGAAUCCGGGCAUAAACAGCGACGUGACCGAGACCGUAACCCAACUGAGACGGACGCCACAGCCCGGUUUAUGGACAAGCAUUUGAGUGACCUCGAGCAGGAGAACUUGGCCGAUGGCACCUGUGACAUUGUGGCCUACAUGGAGAGCCUGCGCGAGAAGGCCUUCGAUCCGCAGGAUCUGGCCGAAGAUACUGGCGAUCAGCAGCAGAAUGACUCUAGCCUCUCGCCGGAGCCACAGACCAUAGUGGAGAAUACACAGCAGACCGUGGUGGUGGAUAUUGAGUCGCCCUCUCGGCCAGCCACUGAAUCAGAUAGCACUGGCAACACAACCGGGCCCUCGGAAAGAUCGGGAGAUGAAACGGAGGAGGAGGCCACCACCAGUUCGUUGGCCUCGCAUAUCGUGGUGAUUGACAAGAAGGUGGACAAGAUCUUCAAGGCCAAGUCACCAGAGCGUCCAGCUUCCACCAAAGUCAAAGGUGGUAGAAGGCAGAUAUAUAUAUCGCCAGAUCGGUGCAAGUCUCAGGGUAGUUCCCCAGUAAGGAUUAUUAAGAUUAAGUCACCUCGCACCAGUUUGAGUGACCAGGGCAAACGGUUGAGUGUAUGCUCCUCCAGGGACAACUCACAGGAUCGCCUGUCGGCCGGCCGACGGACACCGAGUCCUCGCCGCUCCUCCGAAGGCGGUGGCAUAUUGAAGCACACCACAGGACCGGCUUCUGGUAUCCUGAAGCCACCAUCCAGUCCAGCCAAGUCGAAGAGUCCGGAUCGGAGCUGCCUCAAAAAGGGCGGACCAUCGCAUGUUUGCAGCGUGGAGACUCUAUCGCCAAGGGCUUCACCCAGAGGCAGUAUGGAUCACCUGUCGUCCGAUCGCGGUAUGACCAGCAGUUCCUGUCUGCGCCACUCCCCUCGCAGCAGCUUCGAUAGCCACGGUGAGUCGGAUCACAACUUGGAUGUGCCACAUGGCAGUCGUAAGAGGAGUAUGUCUGCCCACGGCAGCUUUGAGACGGGCACCCGGCCAAGGGCCCAGGAAACCUAUCAGUAUUAUCCAGUGUAUGACAACCAGACCUGCAGUGAUCACUAUGUGGCUGCCGCACCAACUGGGCGAUAUGGUGGCGGCCCUAGUAGCAGGAGCAGGCUAAGCAAAUCCCUGGAGCGUUCUACUUCCAGGGAUAGCACCACCACUAGCAGCUCCUAUGGUCACAGAGCAUAUGGGGUUUCCCCGGACCGUAACUACGUGGUCUUCAGUUCCGGGCCACUGCGAUCGCAGUCCGCUGAGAAUACCUUCUCCUCGCAGCCCAUAUACGAUCCCUUGCCCCGUCAUCCACCACAACCACUGCAUCAGCCGCCGAUGCACCACCAACAACAGCAGCAGCAGCAACAGCAAUAUAUGAGCUAUGUCCCCGAGAUGGGAGGAUACACUGGCUGCCAGCACGAUCCGCAGGGUGGCUACCAGCUCAGCUCGUCGGCACCGGAGUACACCACAUGCAUCGACUGUCUGUACCAGAAGAGACCCUCCUAGCAUAAGUCCCGCGUGCGGCAGAGUCGCACGCGGAAGAAGACGCCACGCGGAAUGGUGGUGGUCAGUGCGCAGCCGACGGCCACCGGGGGAAUAGGAUUCGUGCCCGAGAUGGGCUCCUCCGAGGCACCCGGCGGUUGUGUGGACUGUCACGACUACUUCGAGAUCCAUGUGUAAGGGAACUCCGCCACUCAAGGACCUCCACUAAAAGACCUCCACUAUUUUGAAACCAAAGAUAACAGACGAACAACCCGAAAUGCCUCAAACAAACUAAUUUUAACCGAACUCAGCUCACAUAUACGUAAACUCACAAUGCAAACUAUAAACGAAAGUAAUCAAAUACCGAACACGAACUUCCAACACAAGGGAUUGAAAUCAAAAUAAAGACCUACCCUACAGGUUAUAUACAAUCUACUUACUAGAAAACCACGAGCAUAGGUAAUAGAAGCAAGGCACUCUUGAAACUAGAUGAAAAUAGCUCCAACGUUACCAUAACCAAUCGAAGUCCCCAUUCCUCGUAUUUGUUGUGUAAGUGUUAGCCGUAAGUCACCGAACCUGAGCGUAGCUAGCUCUUUUAGCGCAGCAUAUGUAGUUCAUACCGAAAACUAAUCAAAGGUUAAAACGAAAGGUGGCGAAAGGUUGCAUAAUGGGUGUGUGCCACCGUUUUGCAGUUAAUUAUUUAAGUUGCAGCCGAGUUGGGCGCGAACAUUUCGGCGUGAUUUACACACUCGCCCACAUUCACUCACUCAAGCCAACCACCCACCCACCCACACGCAUUAACGAACAAAAUGGCGGAAGUUCCGCUCGCCUCGGGUGGCAAGUAGAAAUAUUACGUAUACGCCGCGUUGCACACACAAUACUCAAGUGCCGUAAUUACGAGGGCAAACAACAGAAAAGAGCAGUAGUAGCUAGGGCAGAAGCAGCAGCAGCAGCAACAACUAAAACUAAAGUUGAAAUUCAUACUCGCACUCAAGUAAACUAUGUACUAAGAGACAGGCAGACAAACAAAUGGCAAACUCAACUUGAAACACAUAUAGAUGGGGAAAUAAGACAGCCAAGAGCCAGGAGCAGAUUCAAAACGAAAAGACACCGAGCACAGCUAAAAAGUUCGGCAAAAAGUUCGCCAGCUAACUAACUAUUAGCUAUGUGGAAACUGUGUCACUUCCGUAAAUGAAAUCAAAAAUUUUUAAUUACCCAUCUGGCGACAUGGAUCUGCUACUGAGCUGGGCUUUGGGUCGAAUCGAAGGCCAACAUUCCAGGGGUUAACAUAAAAUAUACCUAACAAGAGUUUACCUAUCGAUAUGGGGAUUAUUUACAUAAAGGACAAAAAGGACAACUAGCAGAAAACAAAAUCAAACAUUAGUUAGUUAGAAAAUUGUGCCAAUUUGCACGUUUGUGCUAUAUCGGGCAUCGGUGUGUGUACCAAUAAUGUUGUGACAAAUAAUUUGCAUAUAUGCAUAUGGUUUUUAUAUGAUUUUUAUAGGUUUUUUAUAGAUAUAAACAAAUAUACAUGCAUAUACAAACUCGACGGGCAAAUCGAAUGAAGCAUUUUCCGCAUGGAUUUUCCACCACUUCCGUUUCACAUUCCAAUUAAAUCAGCAUAUUUAAAGCAUACAAUAAAAGGGAUACAAAUCAAAAUGGGAAUGUAUUCAGAGAAUGAUAAUCGUAAGUCGUACCUCAAUGUUCAGUAAUGGGUAAUCAUAUUAUACAUAUAUGUACACUUAGGUAGCUCUGGAAAUACGCAUAUAUAUAUAUAUAUAUCCUCCCUUUUCGAGGCGCUGGUCGGAAAAUCCUAUUCGAUUUUCCGAUCCAAGCCGCCAACUCUCGACUAAAUAUAUAGAAAACGGUUAAGAUCAAACAAAUUUCAGGUUGUUGUAACGAGAAUUCAAAGCAGUAUAGAAAAAGCGAAGUCAGAAUCAGAAUAUCUAAGUUUAAGCUACAAGAACAUUUACAGUUUACAGUUUACACUGGGCUUCACAGCAGCAAAAUCAAAACAAGAAAUGAUAACAAAUAUUCAUCGUAAAUGUGGCAUAUACAUACAUAUAUACAGCAGCAUAUACGGACAGCAUAAAUGUUAAACGAAACUAAAAACUGGAGCUCUCGAAAUCCAAAAAAUACGCGAAAAUAAAUGCAAACUAAAUAAAGAUAAAACAAACAUCAAAUUUAACCGAUAAUCCCUGUGUGUGCACAACCCACACACGGCCAAACACACUGAAAUCCACUAAACAAAUAAUCGAAAAAUCAACACACUAAAUGCAAACUUCAAAAUCAAAUUCGUAAAAACCAAAACUAAAGCGAGCCCCUACGUACAUAACUAAUAUUGGCAACUAACUAAAACUAAGCUAACUAAACCAACGCAAUUAACGAACUGCCCCAUGAGUUUAAAGUAAAUACAUAAAGUACGCAAAAGUAAAUAAGUAUAAAAGAACAGCGACAAGUAGAGGACACCCAUACAUACACUAUGUAGUCUAUGCACCGAUUUCCUGGCCCAUCCAAAGAAAAUCCUCUCUCGAUUCAAGAAAACAUACCCUCGAUUAGUUAUGCAUUUAAGUUCGUUUAGUAGUUGCUUAGCAGGUAAGUGCGAUAUUAAUUUGUAAUUAGGCACACGAACGAUGAGUACUUGAAUUGAAUUAGUAAUUAAACAAUUUAACGGGUGAUAUUUCAUUUUGUCUACACACAAUUAUCUCAAAGAUAACUAAAAUCCCCAAAAAAAACAUGGAAAAUUGACUCGAAUAAUGUUGAACUCAGUUAGACAUAGCACAUACACUUAGUCGUAACUCUUAAGUCGGAGAUGGAGUUGGAGAUAUAAGUAUUAGGCAUGUUAAGUUAAUAGGUAUUACUACCCGCCCAUUCGAUGCAUUUGUGUGUAUCUCUUUAUAGCGUAUCUGUGUAUCUGUUGUGUCUGUUACAAACACUUGAUAUUAUUAGUUGGCAUCGCUUGAUUAACAAACAACUAACCAACCGAAAUUCGAAUCGAAAUCAAUGAACUUUGCAAGUUUCCCCCACUUCAAUUUGAACGUUUUGCAUUUUCUCUAUCAAUAUCACGACUAAUGGACAGAGUGUGCCGAAGAUCUAAUGCCAAAUCUUGUACUGCUGAAUGCCAUGCCAACCGAAAGAGAGCAAUGCCAAGUCCAUUAUAAUCGAUCUAUGUAUAUAUAUAUAUUUAUCUAACUAUAUAUGUCUUAUGGUUACACACACCAGCCCCACCAACUCAACUCAACUCAACUCAAUUCAACUCCUCACCACCCCCCAAAAAUCCAGAAUCCAGUAUUCAGAAUUUAUUCGGCAUUUUUUCACACAUUGAAACGCAAUUAUUUUCCAGAAAUUUAAUUUUCUGUUUUCCGUACAACUUUUUGUGUGCCAAAGCUAAACAAAAUGAAAUUGAAUUGAAUUUUAUGAAACUCUCAUCUAUGCACAACUUUAUCCAUCAUUUUUGAAUCACGCUCUUGACUUUUGCAUCUGGAAAACUAAUUUCCAAAUUAGCAAGUGGGUUAACUGAAAUGCGAAACAAUUUCAAUUUCACCACUUACACUACCAUAAUUUUCCAAAUUAUAAACACCCCAUUCUCCACCCGCAUAAAUAUGUACACCAAAUUCUCGCUAUCAUUUUGCAAAUAAAAUUGGACUCCUUUAAUGAAGACACACACGAGAAACAGAAGAGGCAGAACGGAAAAUGUUGGCAUAAAAUGCAAAACUUUUGAUCGAAAAUUGGAAAAAUUGCCUAGUCUUAACUGAAGCUCUUUACAAAAAAACAAGAAGCUAAACUCUGCAAACGAGAAAAUGAACCAAGCGAUGUCAACAUUUUAGCCAACACAACUCCCUCUCUAUUCAAAGAACCCCCAAUCGCAAAUAUUAGUUAUUAGUUGGAUUAGCUGUUAAUCACUCCCACUACCCAGUCCCCGUCUCCCAAAAACUAUAUCAAGUAGAGAAACCAGCCGCUUGAAGUAGUGCUCAUUAUACAUUAUACAAUAAUUAGUUUUGCUUAUAUUUUUUAACCGACAAAUUUUGCUUGCAUGCUUUUUAAAUCCGAAUUGGCCACCAUUUACUUAUUCAAAUCUGUUCGACACAAUUGUAUAUAACCAAAUGGAGGCGCUACCCUCCGCCCACUUGCUCUUUCUAACUCUUUCGAUCUCUAAAUCUAUAUUUUCUAUCUGACAAAAAAAAGAAGAAAAAUAAAAACCAAAACUACAAAUUAAGUUCUGCAAAACCGAAAAGAAAAUAUUUCAUAAUUUUUCAUAUAUGGUUUCCAUUGUAUCUUUUCUUUUCU